AUGAAGAUUAAGGAGCAACAAGCCACACGUGCAUCAUCAUAUCUGAAGCUCUUCAAUCCUCAACUCUAUCUUUUGAACUUCUUCUCUCAUGUUUUAGUCUUUGGUUGUGGUUUACUCAUUGGUAUUACUCUCACUUUCUGUCUCAAGAACAUCUCCUUCAACUUUCAAAUCCAAAAAUUACCCUUUCAAUCCCUUAGUCUCAAACCAUCCUUGGCACCUUUUUCUCCCUUUCCACCACCACCACCUCCUCCAAUCCCAUCCAUUAGUUUAAUAUCAAAUAACCAAACAAAACUUUCUCCACACAUCAAUAUUAAGAAAAUAGUGAUCACCAACAUCACCAGAAAAGGAUUGAAGGACUUCUUGGAGCCUCCAAUGGCUAUGCAUGAUAUGAGUGAGGAAGAGUUGUUGUGGAGAGCCUCAAUGGUUCCAAUGAUUAAAAAGCUCCCAUUCAAACAGACACCGAAGGUUGCAUUCAUGUUCUUGACAAAAGGUCCUGUGCUAUUGGCUCCACUUUGGGAGAGAUUCUUCAAAGGAAAUGAAGGGUUGUAUUCUGUUUAUGUCCAUUACCCUCCUUCUUUCAAUGAAACAGUGCCUGAAAGCUCUGUGUUUCAUGGCCGUGGUGUCCCCAGCAAGGAGGUAAAGUGGGGUGAGAAUAGCAUGAUAGAGGCAGAGAGACGUUUACUAGCCAAUGCACUGCUUGAUUUCUCAAACCAACGUUUUGUACUACUCUCAGAGUCAUGCAUUCCUUUGUUUAAUUUCUCCACCAUCUACACUUAUCUAAUGAACUCAACCAAGACUUUUGUGGAAGCCUAUGACCUACCAGGUGAUGUGGGGCGUGGAAGAUACAGCCCCAAAAUGAGGCCACAGGUUAAGCUUUCUCAAUGGAGAAAAGGGUCCCAAUGGUUUCAGAUAGACCGUGCACUUGCCAUUGGAAUAGUCUCUGAUAGGCAAUAUUUUCCUGUGUUCAAGAAGUAUUGCAACCCUGAAUGCUAUAGUGAUGAGCACUACUUGCCCACAUUGGUUAGUAUCAAAUAUUGGAAGAGGAACUCUAAUAGAACUUUGACAUGGGUUGAUUGGUCAAGGGGUGGACCUCAUCCAUCAAGGUAUAUUAGACCACAUGUGACCUUUGAUUUUUUGGACAAAUUAAGGUAUGGAAGCUCAUGUGAAUACAAUGGACAGAGCACCAAUGUUUGUCAUUUGUUUGCAAGAAAAUUCACACCUCAUGCUUUGGAUAGAUUGCUGAGAUUUGCUCCAAAGAUAAUGCAAUUCAAUUGA